UGAGAUGCAUUGCAAUGUUUACUUUUGCUUCAUUUCUUAUCUCUGAGUGGGAAAAAACCUUAAUUAUUAACAGCCUCUGAUCGGAACGUGGCUCCAAACUCUGCAGUCUUGAGGGUGAUUUGAUUCCUGACAACAUGUGGCUGAGGUGUCUGGGAUUUGCUCUUCUGGUUGGGUUCCCUGGGGUGUUGUAUGCUGUAGGUGUUAGCAACCCUUGCAGCCCUCCCAUCCUGAAAAAUGGUUAUUUUCUCCCGCCGCGAGAAUCUUAUCCUGAUGGGACGAACAUAACAUACAGCUGUGAUACAGGAUAUAAACCCAUAGUGGAAGGAUGGUGGGCAAGAAGCAUGUGUGAAAACGGUGAAUGGCUUGAGGAACCACAGUGUGUUGAGGAGACAGCCUGCCUUCCUCCGGCUAUUCCUAAUGGCAAAUACAUACAAAGCUCAACGCAUUGGUAUAAGGAUGGAAGUACAUUACAAAUAAACUGCAACGAUGGAUAUUCACUAAAGAGCCAGAAUGAUACCAUGCAGUGUACCAGGGGAACGUGGUCUUCUUUGUUGGUCUGCCAGAAACAUCCCCGUGCGUGUGUCGUACCACCAAAUGUCCCCAAUGCAGUCAUUAUUCAUAAGAAAUACAAGGAGCUGUUUGCUGAGUUUGAAAAAGUGGAGUAUAUGUGUAAAGCUGGAUAUCUCGCACAGGAUAGAAAUCCCAAAAGAAUUGUUACCUGUGUCAGUGGAAACUGGAACGAAGGCCCAAUUUGCACAUUAUCUACCAGCCCCGAACCAAAGCGUCCUGAACCUGCUACCGUAUCCAUUGAUAACUGUGGAGAGUUCCCUGAUGUUCUAAACGGCGUUAUGGUGCGACAGAGCGAACGGUCUUUGACGUACGAGUGUCAAAUGUAUUACAAGCUAGUUGGCUCUGGUACAGUGGUGUGUCACAGUGGUGGCUCGUGGUCUGCAGUCCCCACAUGUAAAGAGGACUACUGUGUUCUGAAAGCUGGAGUGCAUCCUAAAUUUACAGUUACUGCCAAUGUGUACUUCAACAAUGGGGAGGCAAAGGAGCUGAAAUGUGUGGGGAACUUUUGGGCAACAAAUUAUUCUGUGGUCAGGUGCAUCGACGGGAAACUCAUUGCAUCCGAAUGUUGCAACCGGUUUCAGUGGAAUACAGGACUUUGCUGAGAUUGUACCAUUAGGGAAAGAUCUGGCUCCCUUCGGCUGUGCUGAUGGACUGAGAACAAAUGCAAGCAUGGACUCAUUUGUCCCGUCUUCAGAUCAACCACACUGCUAACCACCAUGCUGGCUUUUCAUUCUGUUCUAGCAUAACAAUAAAGCUCAAUCAUUUCUGUUCA